AUGGUAGAGCACAUGGCAAUGUUCCCCGUCGACACCAUCAAGACGCGCAUGCAAGCGCUCGCCACCACCGGGGCCCCCGUUCCCCCCGUUUCCCCCGUUCCCCCCGCACCCACCGCCGCUUUUUCCGCCCUCCCGUCCGCCUCCCCGUCCGCGCUUUCCUCCUUCUCGUCUCUCUCCGCCUCUAGGGGCGUCCCCGCUGCCACGUCAUGCGCCUUCCAAUCCACGUGUUCUGUCGCGAAUCCAGCAUCAGCAGCAGCGCAGGGCCUGUCGCAUUCGCCCACAAUCAGGAACGCAGUCUCGUCUAUCCUUAAAACGGAAGGCGCAGCAGGCUUAUAUCGGGGAAUAGCAGCUAUGGGCCUAGGGGCUGGUCCUGCACACGCAGUGUAUUUCGCCGUUUACGAAGCGGCGAAAGAGUCGUUACUGAGAAAUAACAGCAGCAGCAGUGUUGGUAGUAGUACGAGUGGGGGUUCCGACGGUUCAGGGUUUACGCCGGCUUUAGGGUUUUCGCUGCCGCCAGCGGUCGCACAUGCGACGGCGGGCGCGCUGGCGACGGUGGCGAGCGACGCGGUGCUGACGCCCAUGGACGUCGUGAAGCAGCGCCUGCAGCUGCGACGCAGCCCCUAUGCUGGCGUCGUGGACUGCUGCCGCAAGAUGCUGCAAGACGAGGGAAUCCGCGCCUUCUACCGCUCCUACCGCACCACGCUAGUCAUGAACGUGCCCUUCACAGCCGUGCACUUUGCCACUUAUGAGGCCAGCAAGGCGGGCCUGGGGCGGGCGCUACCGGGGGAGGCGUUACCUGGGGAGGGCGUGCUGGACGAGGACAGGCUGCUCACUCACGUGCUGGCGGGCGGCGCUGCUGGCGCGCUGGCUAGUGCUGUGACCAACCCGCUUGAUGUGGUGAAGACGAGGCUGCAGUGCCAGGGUGUGUGUGGGGUGAAGCGGUUGCAGAGUGCAUCAGUAACAGCAGCACUGAGAAGCAUAGUGCGGGAGGAGGGGUGGGGUGCGCUGCUGCGGGGCAUGAGGGCACGUGUGCUCUUCCACACGCCUGCUGCCGCCAUCGUUUGGUCCACCUACGAAGCUUCCAAGAAUUUGUUGCGGGACUUGUGA